UGAAAGUGAGCCGCAUAUUUUAUUGGCGGCGGCUGGUGGGGCUAGUCGCCGGACGCCAAAAGCGCGAACGCGUUUGAUCCGUAGACUUUGGAGGAGAAGGAAGCUCUGUGGCUUAAACACGCCCGAGUGGACGGUUGCUCUGUUUGUGCCGAAAAAACAGAAUUGAGCCCAGAUAGUUUUUCGGAAAUUCCCUUCCCGCUCAAUGGGCUGUUACUAUUGGCGAAGGCGAACCCCGCCCCUUUUCUGAAAAGAAAGGUAUAGCAUGUCAGAAACUCUCAUGGACCAGGAUUCUACAAAGCUGCAAGCAGAGGUGGAGCGUCUAGCAGCUGAGCUGCAGGAGGCAAUCCAAGAGAAUGUCCAGGCAGCCCAGUAUGGGCUAGCUGUGCUGGAGGAGAAUGAGGAGCUCAAGCAGCGCUGUGGAGAUCUGGAAGGUCAACUAGAGGUCUUACGUGUAGAAUUGGCCUGCAUGAAGGAGGCUUUGGCAGAAUCUCACAGCAGCCAUAAACGAGCAGCAGUUGAUGGGGAGAACCGGGAAGAGUCUCUACUCAGGGAAUCGGCUUCCAAAGAAGCCCAUCUGACUCAAACCAUUGAGGAGUUCCAAAGUGAAGUGAAAUUCCUGAAAUCCCAGCUUGACAAUACAGGGGUGGAAAAUGAGCGGCUCAAUAUAGCUCUGCGAGACUUAAGGAAGGAGUGCCAGACUCUGGAGUCUGAAAAAAAUCAAUUGCGUGAGGAGAUGAAACAAGCUAAGUCACGGGAACUUUGCCAGUUGCAGGAUUGUGGAGAGCUUGAGGAAGAAAAUAUUUCCCUGCAGAAACAGGUCUCCAUCCUCCGGGGAAAUCAGGUAGAAAAAGAAAAAGCUUCACUAGCUUCAGAUCUGCAGGAUCUCAAAAAACAGCUGACGAGGACUAAGGAGAUCUUGGCCCAACAGCAGUUGUGCAACAGCCGUCAAGUAGAUCAGCUUCCAGCCCCAGAGGCUAAGACUAGUGCUAAUAACGGUGGAGAUAGCCUGUCACCCAAUAAUAGGGAAUGCUACCGUGAGGAGCUGGACAGGGCCCAACUGGCAGUCCGGCAGGAGAGAGAGGCAGCUGCCCACUUAGAAGCUGAGUUGAGAGUUGCUAGACGGAUUACCAGAGAGUGUCAGUCACGGCUGGCUGAGACUCAGGAGGAGCUCCUUAUUUUUUCUGAGGAGAUGGCAGCUCUCUACCAUCACAUCUGUGCCUGCCACAACAUAACCCCUCACCGUGUAGUAUUGGACUAUUACAGGGAGGGUCGUGGUGUUCAAAGUGUGUGCAGGAGGCAUUCCUCCAGAAAACAUAUGUUCACAGAAAUAGAGACAACUAGCAGUGGAGACAGAUCACCAGCCAGUAGCCCUGGCUCCCCGUGUGGUUUGGAACCUGUUUAUGUCACUAAUCUGACAGAGAUCUUGAAAGAACAGCUGGGACAUCUGGAGGUGGCACUGUCCAUUGCACAUCAACAGAGCCCAAUGGGGCACAGAGCUGAACUGGAACGUGAUAAAGAAGUUCUGGUAGAAGAGGUGCUGAAACUGAAGUCCAUGUUGAGCACAAAGCGUGAACAGGUUGCUACACUGCGCACAGUGCUUAAGGCGAACAAGCAGACAGCAGAGGCAGCCCUCUCAAAUCUCAAAGGACAGUUCGAAGGUGAAAAGGUGCUGGUGUCAGAGACCAUGAUCAAGUUGCGUCAUGAGCUCAAGGCCUUGAAGGAGGAUGCUGCUACUUUCUCUUCCCUACGUGCCAUGUUUGCUAGCAGGUGUGAUCAGUAUGUGAGCCAACUAGACGAGAUGCAACGGCAACUGGAAGCUGCAGAGGAUGAAAAGAAGACUCUAAAUUCCUUGUUGCGCAUGGCGAUCCAGCAGAAGCUGGCACUCACACAUCGACUGGAGGCUCUUGAACACCCAGUGGAAGACUUGCGGAGCAAUAGGAGGAUACUCAGAGCAGCAAAGAGUAGUGCGAGAUGAGAGUAAUGGGAUUCGGUACAGGAUUUCUUGGUUAUUCGGGAUGCUCUGUGACGACAGGACUGCAAUUCUCUUGCGUAACCAAAAACAGUCAGUACCAGCAACCUGCAGCCACUCAGGAAGGAAACUGGAUAAGGAGACUCUAGCCCGAACAUAUGUCUUAAUUCCCCCCUCUUCCUCCUUUUCCUUACUGCCUUAAGAAAUCCCAAAGAUAUACUUUUUCUCUAAAUAUUUCUCUAGAACCGUUUUGUAAAGCACCUGCAAUACCUUUUUAAAGCUCUGCUCCAAUAACAGUACUGUCAACCUUGAAUAAGGCUACACAUUUAGUGUUAACUGGUUGAAAGAAAUUGUGCAGGGAUUGCUUUUUUCACUACCCCGUAUUUCCUUCCCCCCCCCAUUGACCCACCAUUUAUUCUGCUUAUUUGUUUGCCACAGGUUUUACAGGUAAUUUGAAACAGGUGUGCAAUUAAUGGACAGGUAACAAUGAGAUGUGUUGUCAGAUGAAGAUAUACCUGGAAGAAAUUCUGCAGCUUGCAGCUAGGCAAGCCCCUGGUUUCCCUUAAAUAAAUUAUGUCCCCUGGUUUCUAAUCUCUUUUUAACUAAAAUCCAGGAAAUAAACAUUACAUUGCAUAACAUAAGGAAUAUCAAAACACUUUAUAGUUCUAAAUAGACAUAUGUAUUUAACAUACCAAAAAAGAUUAUCCUUCUUUACAGUUGCCCUGUAAUUCUAUCCCAAGAUAGUCUGAAGCCUUUUGCAGAGUCUUAUCACCUGAUCUUUGACAUUUUUUGUGCCUUUUCAUCAUUUGUUAAUUCUAUUCUUGAUAUAUUUCCAUUGUUCUAAAAACACCUACCCAUCUCUGAUAGUUUCAUAAUAUAUUUUUUCUCCCUCCCAUUUUUUACUGACAUAAUGUGUAUGGUAUUUAAAGGGGAAGAGUGUUACUGAAAUGAAUGGGGGUCUAUAUUUCCUGAAAUAUUUUCUUAUUUUUUUCUGAUCACAAUGAACCAGAAAUAGAUAGUAUUUAUUUUUUGCAAUAUCUGAAUGUCAGAAAUGUCUCAGUAAUAUAGUUCAAUUGGGAAAGUAAUAUACCGUAGAAUGGUCAAUCACUAGUUUCCUGGGCAGUUUUCUCUGUGCUAAGAAGAUGCAUAUAAUUACCCCUUCCCCCUUUGGCUUGGAUGCAAUUGUUUUUGAAAGCUAUUUCAAGGAUAUUGUGCCAGGCACUGGAAGAAAGGCAGAGAAAGAUAUUUGAGGCUUUGUUUAAUUAUAAUAUUGCCAGAGAGAACAGCAUUGUGUAUGGUUGGGUGAUGCCCCCUUCUGGUAAAAAUUGAUCAGUUGGGUAGUAUAAUAUACUUAUUUAAAGACGGGUUUUGAUCCCUUCUUGACUAUAUACUUGAUAACAAACAUUGGUUUUAUUGUUAAGUAAUAUUGUCUGAAAUUUUCCUUCCCCUCUUAACUGAAUGAUAUCUGGGAAUUUGAUAAAAGGAAGGGGGCUAAGAAAUAAGAAAAAAAAAUGACCAUGCCUUUGGAUUAAAAAAAAUACAAUGUUAAUAUAUAAAGCUUAUUUUGUGUUUCUCAAUAAAGUCCCUGUAGAAUAGUAUGCCUUCAUCCCUCAAUAUGCAAUAAUAAAAGUAUGUAUUUUUAAAACUUAAGAUUUAAAAAUUAAUUUGCAUUAUCUAUUUUAGCUACUGUAAAGAAGAGCUUUUCAUUGUUCCCUAUAUCAUUCAAAACACAUUGUCAGCAGACAGGGGAAAGUUAUGCUUGAUUCAGAGAGACAGAAAGCCAUGGCUACUUUUGUCACAUACUGUUUAAUGCAGGAAUUUUCAAACUAGUUCAUGAUAUCCUGGGGAUUUGUGAGCAAAUCUGGGAGGGGUUGCAAAGUUUUUUCACCAUGCACAGGAAAAGCUGGAGCCUAUCAGACUAUACUCCUUCUCUGCCUAGGUAAGCUAGUUUAUCCAUUCAUUAUCUGGCUGAUUGUUUUGUUGCCACAGUGGGGGCAGGCCCUGGACAUCUAAGAUCUUGAGCCUACCCUGCCUAGUACUAAGGACCCCACAUUUUAAAAAUUUAUUUAAAUUUAUUGACUGCCCAACUCCAGUAGAUGCUGGGCUUCGCACAAAACUAAAAAGACAUUAAAACAGCUAAAGAUAUUAAAUUACAUUUAGAUGGUGAUCAUGACAGUAGAUAUAGAAAAGAGCUGAGCAAGGCUAUUUUGAACUUUAUUCUACAUUGAUGCCCAAAAGGGGAGUACUGUAUGAAUCACAGAUAGUCCAGGGUACUCAGCUGCUGCUCUGUUGAUAGGGGAGGGAAAGAAAAUGUGGCACUGGACAGGACAAACACAAUUGGCUUGUCCAAGUAAAACCAGACCACGUUCUGACAGAACUCCAGUUUUGCAUGUGAAGAACUAAUAGUUUGUAUAAAGAAUUGGCUGGUGCAAAACCCCCCAAUCUUUAGCUGCAUUAGUUGUUGAUACGCUUUUCUUUUUUCUCCUCAUUUAUAGGGGACUAUAUAUACUGUAUAUUUAUUCUGGGAAGUCAUGGAUAUCACAAAGUUUAAAAACAACUGGCUUAGUAAAGUAGUCAUUGACUACCAGCUGUGGAGAACUUGAACACUAUCCAUAAAGUCAUAGCUAGUUUUAGUAAGGCCUAUACACAAAGUUAGGGGAGGUAAGAGAUGAUCCUUUACUUCAUUUAAUGGGACUAUGUGACAAAUUUAUGACCCUGAGCUCUGCCUUGGACUUGAUCAUUUUCCUCUUAAAAAUAGCAUUGAUAUGAAGCUGGGGCCAUUUGGGUUAAAAAUUUAUGAACUAUCAUGUAUAUCUUCUAAAAUUAUUUAUUCCUAAACUAUAGUAGUUUUACUGAGCUAUCCACACACAAAUAAAGGAGGUAUGUAAACAA